AUGCUCAGACAGCAUUGCCGCCAAAGAGGUCUUGCGAGCACAAGCAUCAGACGCUAUGCCUCCCAUGGGGACAACACAAUCGCCAAUCUCCGGAUCAACCAGCACACGCCGGUGAUCUACCAAGGCUUCACUGGUAAAGCUGCAACUUCCAAUGCCAAAGACACAAUCGCCUACGCUACAAACGUGGUCGGGGGCGUCUCACCCGGCAAAGGCGGCCGAGACCAUCUCGGACUUCCAGUCUUCAAUACCGUUCGUGAAGCAAAGGACGCUCUGGAUCCACACGCUACAUGUGUGUUCGUUCCCGCAAUGCACGCAGCCGGCGCGAUCAUAGAAGCCAUCGAAGCAGAGAUCCCACUCGUUGUUUCAGUCGCCGAGCACAUUCCAGUGCACGACAUGCUUCGUGUGCAUGAAGUGCUCAGAACGCAGAGCAGGACACGCCUGGUGGGUCCCAACUGUCCAGGAAUAAUCGCACCGGAGCAGUGUAGGCUGGGGAUUAUGCCUUACAAACAAUAUCUGAAGGGGUGCGUUGGGAUCGUGAGUAAAAGUGGCACGUUGAGCUACGAGGCUGUCGGUGCGACGACAAAUGCAGGGCUGGGACAAAGCAUUGUCGUCGGAAUGGGUGGGGACAUGCUGCCAGGUACCACACUGGUCGAUGGCCUGAGGCUUUUCUUCGAUCAUCCCGAAACAGAAGGGAUUAUUGUGAUCGGUGAGGUUGGAGGGGAAGCCGAGUUGAACGCUGCGGAACUUGUCAAGGAGUACAGAAGCCGGACGGAGAAUCCCAAGCCGAUCAUCGCAAUGGUUGCAGGGAGGACAGCGCCAGAGGGAAAGACGAUGGGGCACGCAGGGGCACUGCUUUCGCCACGCGACGCGACGGCUGAAGCGAAGGCAAAGGCAUUGGAGGAGGCAGGCGCGGUCGUGGUGCCACACCCGGGCCUCAUGGGCAGCGAGAUGAGGCGCCUGUUGGGAAGAUAA